GGGGACAGGGGAGCAGUGGAAUGCAUUAAUCCCCCCCCACUCUCCACAACAAUACCCCACAGCCUUUAGUUAGACGAAGAAUUUUGCACUCUCUACAUCUCUUUUGUUCAGAUUUUGUAUUUUCUUAUUACCCCUCUGUUUUUCCUUCCAAGGCCAUUCGUGAGAAGAUUCAAUUAAGGGUCGCUUUUGUUUGUCUCUUUCUAACACCUCGGAAGAUGGGGAUUGACUCUGGAGUCAAUGUUUCAGAUGAUGUCUCACCUUACGGCGGACAGAGUGCUUUUACGCAACUGGAGCACAACAUAGUGGCUGCAUACCUUAUUACUGCAGGUGUCAUUAGUUUAGCGAGCAACAUUGUGGUGCUGCUGAUGUUUGUGAAGUUUAAGGAGCUCCGCACUGCCACCAACUUCAUCAUAAUCAACCUGGCUUUCACUGACAUCGGAGUGGCUGGUAUCGGCUAUCCCUUGUCAGCUGCCUCGGACAUCCAUGGCAGCUGGAAAUUUGGUUACACAGGUUGUCAGAUCUAUGCAGCUCUCAACAUUUUCUUUGGCAUGGCCAGUAUCGGCCUGCUGACCGUGGUGGCCAUCGACCGCUACCUAACCAUCUGCAGACCAGACAUAGGGCAGAAGAUGACGGUGCGCUCAUACAACCUUCUUAUUCUGGCAGCAUGGCUGAAUGCUGUAUUCUGGUCCUCCAUGCCUGUAGUGGGCUGGGCUGGUUAUGCCCCUGACCCCACUGGAGCUACAUGCACCAUCAACUGGAGACAGAAUGAUGCCUCCUUCAUCUCUUACACUAUGGCAGUGAUUGCUGUGAACUUUGUGGUGCCUCUGUCUGUCAUGUUUUACUGCUACUACAACGUGUCCGUCACUGUGAAGAGAUACAAAUCACGCAACUGCUUGGACAGCAUCAACAUCGACUGGUCAGAUCAGAUGGAUGUCACCAAGAUGUCCAUGGUGAUGAUUGUCAUGUUCCUGGUGGCCUGGUCUCCGUACUCUAUAGUGUGUCUCUGGGCUUCAUUUGGCGACCCCAAGACCAUCCCUGCUCCCAUGGCUAUCAUUGCUCCACUUUUUGCCAAGUCCUCCACCUUUUACAACCCCUGCAUUUAUGUUGUUGCCAACAAAAAGUUCAGAAGAGCCAUCAUAGGGAUGAUCCGAUGUCAAACUAGGCAGCGAAUCACCAUCAACACCCAGGUUCCCAUGACAACCUCCCAACAACCUCUCACCCAGUGAGAUGAAAUUACAGUAUCUCAUUGUAUUACUAAACGCUGGCAUUAAAAGCAUGUAUAGAAGAUUGCUAGGAUGAAAUAACAUGAAUCACUGUCAGUGUUCUUCUUUCUACUGUAGCCAUUGUUCUGUUGAAUAUCCCAAUGCACUGUGGUGUUUACUGUGUAAAUUCCACUUGCUGUGCCGUUGUAGUCUUUAUUUGUCUGCCGGUAACAUCAAUAACAAACUGACAAUGAAAA